CAGAGAGGAAGGAGAAAUGAAACAACAAACAUGGCUGCUGAAACCCACAACAAAGCAAUUUGUGAGUUUUCCCGAGUUCGAGCUGUAACUACGGGAUGGAUUGUGGACUUUAUGUUCCUCAGUCUGUGUCGGAGAUUCAAGGAGGGGAAGUUUGAAGAGUUCAACGAGAUAAUUGAGACUUUAGAGGCCCUCACUGAGUGUCCGGCGAAAGAGCUCCAUGAGGAUAAAACGAUGAUCUGUGCGUUCCUCGCAAGAGUCAUGCACGGCAAACAGUUAGAUGUCCAGUUUGAAGAGAAUGAGGACAUGUUGCCUCUGAUGUCUGCGGCCAAAAUCUGGUGUGAUAUCAAGCACACUGUGGCAGAGCAACGUUUGUUCAUCGACAUCCUGGAGCUUUUGUUUGUCCAGUCUGUCACUGUGUGCUUGAUAUCAGACCAGAUAUCUCAUGCCUGCUUGGCCCUCAAGUGGUUUGAGAAAAACUAUACAUUACCGCAGAACCUGUGUUCCAAGGUGUCGUCGAUGGUGACGAAGAAGGACCCUCACGACCCGCUCCUCAAUUCCUACAGCUUCACCCGCCUGCUCGAGACAGUUCAGACUUACCUGGACGCCUACCUGGAGAAAAACCCCUCCGACUACCUUGUCAAGGUGAGCCUAAUGUGCACACAAUGUGUAGAAAAGGACUCAAAACGCGUGUCACUGAAGCUCAUUUGGUUGAUGGUGUUUCAACAGAUCUAGCUUGGUAUAUUUAGACACGAGAAGAUUAAGAGAGAAUUUAUAAUAUGACCUUUUUAAAGAUUGCAGAAAGUCUGUUACUUAGACAUGACUUUAUUCAUGAUGAGAGCAAACAUGUACACUCGAUUAAUGCCAGGGUCAAAUGAAGGAUCGACUUUGUAUGGCUGACACAUAAAGAAUGAGAUCAGCUGUGCAGUAAAUUCAAUGCAAGGCGAAGAGGAUUGAGUCUUUAAUGACAAAGGUUAAGAAAUCCUUUACCUGAUGCUUCAAGAAUUUGUAUACGUUCUUUGAUCCCUAAAAGGAUUAAGGACUUGUACGCUUUUGCUGAUUUUAAGAUGAGAAUAUCUUCAGUUACACAUCAUUUAAUUGGCAUAUGCAUUGGUACACAAAGAUUAAGACACAACUCACGAUUAGACUCUGAAUGCCAGGGGCCUCAUUUCUAAAGGGAUAUACGCUCAAAAGAUGGCGUACGGCAGUUUCUACGCAAUGUUUGUGAUUUUAUAAAAAGCUAACUUG